AUGGUCACCAUACGUAUAUUUGUUAUUUUUUUAUCCCUCAUCGUAGCAGCUCAAGCAAACAAGUAUUAUUGCCAAUACACUUGCAAUAAUGGUAAAACAAAUUUAGGAUGUGACCACUCUCAAGAACCUGAUGAAACUUGUGUUGACUUCAAACGACUACGGUUGGGAGCAAAAGAACAACAAAUCAUUUUAGAUGAACAUAAUCGUCUCAGAAGUUUGGUGGCUACUGGUCAAGCUAAAAAUGGAAAAGGAGAGAAGUUGCCUCCAGCUAAAAAUAUGAAUCAUUUGUUAUGGUGCAAUGAAAUGGCAUACUUAGCUUACUUGAACGUUUUGCAAUGUAAAAUGCGCCACGACGAAUGCAGAGAUACAUAUACUCAAAAUGGUCAGAAUUUAUAUAACGUCAUGUCUUCCACUAAUUUGACAAUCGAGCAUGUUAUAGGAACAGGUAUUGAAAUGUGGUUCGACGAAAUUGAGGAUGUGGAGUUAUCAGAAAUUGAAUCGUUCACCGGCGGCAAGGGUAAAAUUAUAGGUCAUUUUACACAAUUGGUAUGGGCUAAGUCUACAUAUGUAGGUUGUGCAUUGGCAACUUACAAACGAGGGAAUUUGAAUUCAUAUUUGUUGGCUUGCAAUUACGUCAACGGAAAUAUGUUAUUUGAAAGUGUAUAUGAUGCUGGGAAAACUUGUGCUGAAUGCAGCUCCUGUACUGAUACUGGACUAUGCAAGCCUUAUUCCCCAUAUUAA